AGGAGACACUGGACGGGAGCUGUCCUAGGAGCCCCAUGGUGCAGGGACCCCCCGAGAAGGGCCACAGGGGCCCGAGCACGGUGCUCGGGGCUGGGGUGUCCUCGAGGUGGGGACCCCCCUGGGGGAAGUGGUCAGAGGGCCUUAGGGGGACACUGGGGGGCCAAAGGUGGGCUGGGGGAGCCAGGAGAUGGCCGUGUAGGAGCAAGUGAGACAAUUAUUAGAGACCGCAUGGCCCUGCCUCCCUCACCCUCCUCCACACUGGAGUUCAGGCCCUGCUGGAACAUUCUGGGCCCUGCUGGGUGUCCCUGGGGGCCGGGCACAGGGGGUGGUGGGGGGCAAAUAAUGCUCCUGCUGAGGGCGUGGAGCAGAAACAGACCUCCGGACCCUGCUGGGAAGCGGGGUGGGGUGAAGGAUCUUCUGGAAAGGCAAGCUGCCUUCAGACAGCUGGGGUCAGAGCCUGCGUGCCUGGACCAAUGGCCACCAAAGAUCAGAGUUUUGUGUACCGGACACCCUGGGGUGUCCGGAACACCCCCUCCCCGCGAAGCCGCCCAUCACACUUGUGCUGGGCUGAGGGGUGGCUGCACCCCGCCCUGCAGAACACGCCUGCCAGAGUCCAGAUGAUUCAGAGGCGGGCCGGCCACCCGCCCGGGGGCCUGCGACAGUGGAUGCAAUUAGAUUUAAUGGGACAGAGCCCUUUCUCAGCGGCUCAGAGCUCCGCUCCCACUCCGCCUCCCUCCGGCAGCAGAGGGAGGGAGCUGUGAAGGAGGUGGAGGUGGGAGGUGGGGGACCCGGGGGGCUCUGACGUCAGCCCAGCCUAUAAAGGCCGCUGGGCAGAGGGCUGUGGAGACGGAGCCCGGACCUCGCCAGCACCAUGCCCACCCCCAACGCUGCCUCGCCGCAGGCCAAGGGCUUCCGCCGGGCCGUCUCCGAGCUGGACGCCAAGCAGGCCGAGGCCAUCAUGUCCCCGCGCUUCGUCGGGAGGCGGCAGAGCCUCAUCCAGGAUGCACGCAAGGAGCGAGAGAAGGCGGAGGCCGCGGCCUCAUCCUCGGAACCCAGGGAGGCGGGCAGCCUGGCUGAGCAAGACGGGAAGGCGGUGCUGACCCUGCUGUUCGCCCUGCGGCCCACCAAGCCCCCCGCGCUGACCCGGGCUGUCAAGGUGUUCGAGACAUUCGAGGCCCACGUCCACCACCUGGAGACCCGGCCGGCCCGGCCGCCGCGGGCGGGGAGCCCGGCCAUGGAGUGCUUCGUGCGCUGCGAGGUGCCCGGCCCCGCGGUGCCCGCCCUGCUGAGCGCCCUGCGCCGCGUGGCGGAAGACGUGCGUGCCGCCGGGGAGAGCAAGGUCCUCUGGUUCCCAAGGAAAGUGUCCGAGCUGGACAAAUGUCACCACCUGGUCACCAAGUUUGACCCUGACCUGGACUUGGAUCACCCGGGCUUCUCCGACCAGGCGUACCGCCAGCGCAGGAAGCUGAUUGCCGAGAUCGCCUUCCAGUACAAGCAAGGUGACCCCAUCCCCCACGUGGAGUACACGGCCGAGGAGAUCGCCACCUGGAAGGAGGUCUACUCCACGCUGCGGGGCCUGUACCCCACCCACGCCUGCCGCGAGCACCUGGAGGCCUUCGAGCUGUUGGAGCGCUUCUGUGGGUACCGCGAGGACCGAAUCCCGCAGCUGGAGGACGUCUCCCGCUUCCUGAAGGAGCGGACUGGCUUCCAGCUGCGGCCCGUGGCCGGCCUGCUGUCCGCGCGGGACUUCCUGGCCAGCCUGGCCUUCCGCGUGUUCCAGUGCACCCAGUACAUCCGCCACGCCUCCUCGCCCAUGCACUCCCCCGAGCCGGACUGUUGCCACGAGCUGCUGGGGCACGUGCCCAUGCUCGCUGACCGGACCUUCGCCCAGUUCUCCCAGGACAUCGGGCUCGCAUCCUUGGGGGUGUCGGACGAGGAAAUUGAGAAGCUGUCCACGCUGUACUGGUUCACCGUGGAGUUCGGGCUGUGCAAGCAGAACGGGGAGGUGAAGGCCUACGGAGCGGGGCUGCUCUCCUCCUACGGGGAGCUCCUGCACUCCCUUUCCGAGGAGCCCGAGAUCCGGGCCUUCGACCCUGACGCGGCGGCCGUGCAGCCCUACCAGGACCAGACCUACCAGCCCGUCUACUUUGUGUCUGAGAGCUUCAGCGAUGCCAAGGACAAGCUCAGGAGCUACGCCUCCCGCAUCCAGCGCCCCUUCUCUGUGAAGUUUGACCCGUACACGCUGGCCAUCGACGUGCUGGACAGUCCCCAUGCCAUCCGGCGCGCCCUGGAUGGCAUCCAGGAUGAGAUGCACGCCCUGGCCCACGCUCUGAACGCCAUCAGCUAGACGCGGGGUGCCACCCACAGGCCCCCGUGGGCCGGCCUGGGGCUCCCGGCCUCCCCCCGCCCCCGCCUGCCCUGGCCACGCCCACAUGAGGGGCUGGCUCACGGGGAACCCCAAGAGCCCACGGAGACCCCUCCUGCCAGAGGCACCUGCCCAGCGUUUGCCAGCUGAGUCGGCGUCUGUCCCGCGAGCUGCCCCCGUGCUGUGCCGCCCGCUUGCAACCUCAAUAAAAGAGAGACUCACCCCUGA